GUUCACUUUCUUUCACUACUUGACUGAGAAACCAAUUCCAGUGCUCAACGGAAUUUAGAAAUGGCAGAGAAGUCGAACGCGGAAGCAAAGCCAACUGGAAAAAACGAGUUCUUGAUGACAGAGGAUCCUGAGCACCCGAGUGGAUCGAAGGAGGGUUCGCCGUCCUCAGGAUCUUCUUCUUCGACAACUGAAGCUUCUUUGAAUACGAUAAAUGUGUCUACCCAGCGCCUCCAUGAGAAACUAGAGGACCUAGAGAGGCAGAUGGACCAGGAUGAGAUAAUGAAUGAGCAUUUCAUUCGCCUCAUGGCUGUAAUCCGAAUGUUUUUUUAUAAAAUAAAUAUCAUCUGGCGCGGUAGAUGGGUAGAUGAUGGUAGAUGA